CAGAAUCGGUGCGUUCAUCCAGAGAGGCAGGAGGUUGGCGCCCGGUCUCGAUUUGGUGGCUCUUAUCGUCCGCGUGAUGCAGGCGCUUUGGGUGUCGCUCGUGCUGUCUGCGGCGUCUCUUCUUGCGCCAUGUGCUUCAAUAGCUGUGGACGUGUCAACACUUCCUACAGACUACAAUAGACAGGAGAACUAUGCUGACAUGAUAUCCAACAUUCCUGCCGCAAACUGGCGAGGCUACCCACAGCUUUUCACGCAGAAAACGUCCUCUCUUCUGAGUGAAGCUCUCCAGAUGUUGCACCGCGCGAAAGACAUCAAGGAACGCAGGUGGUUGGAAGCCUACAUCCAACGGCUGGCCGCAUUAGCAGACGAGCUAGAACAGAGCACGACGUUCGUCAAGACUCCAACAGCAUCUUCUUCAGCACAUACUUCCCAGCAGACCGUACCUACGACAGGACAGAUCAGUCCGCCUCCCUCUGGGAGCAGGGAGAGGAGACGCUCGACAACAACCACAGAAAGUUCGGUGAACCAGAGGUACUUUGGCAUCGGUAAGCCGAGAGCUGUAACGCUUCCCAGCUUCCCGAGACAAAACCUGUUGCAACGGGACCUCAGACGCGAGUCACAACGAAGAGAAGCGACGGUUACCACGGAAUCACACAGCUUUGAUCCAAGUGGCGUGGCUGUUCCUCUUGGACCUACUGCUCCCUUAGAUGCGGGCAAUGAAGAUAAGGAUGGGGCUCCUUCAGCUGCUCAGAAACUUAUUCAGCAAAUCUUGCAACGGGCCCGUAAGCUCAUUGGCCUUGGUGUAACGGACGGCGAAAUAUUCAGGGCUCUCCAGAAACACAAAAAUGAGGAGGCUGUACCAGAAACAAACACUGCAUCUACUCGCGCCACCCUGGCUCCAACCGCACAAGUAGAUGUCUCUGAAGCGACCUCUGCUGUUCGGGAUGAUACAUCUGGAGAACCAGACGAUCUAGUUCGGCAACUGGAGCGCGAGAAAGUUCAUCUGGAUCGAUGGCCUGACAGCUGGUCGAGUCGGGCUCCCCGUGGUCGGCGGCGGGAGACCCUGCCUGGGAUUCUGGACAUUGAUCGAGCCCCAGCAUCUUCUCCGAGGAUCCCCUGAGGCUGUUACCGUUAUGACUCAUCGAUUGGCAGGAUUAUGAUUAUCCAAAUUGUCACCACUGCAUGAUGAAAUAAUGUCAAAGGACGAAUGCCGCAACAACAAAUCCGAAUCAUGCACGUCCAAUACAUACGUGCCGUUCACUCAAUUGUAGCGAUUCCGAAGGAGUUUCAAACAACAAGGGUUAAAUUGAAUUUUUUCAAAAGUGAAUUCAUUAUUUAAAAUUCGCGCAGAGACACAAGCAUGAUAGUAUCGCUGUGAUGUUUGCUGUAGAACUUCAAAAAUACAAUUCUGAACGACAACACAACGUGAUAUUUCUUUCGAAAGAAGGAGAAGAGAAAAACUGCCAGUGCUGCAGGUAAGUGACAAGGUAAGGUGCACUGCGGAAUGCACACACAGUGCGGCUCCAAUUGAAAUUCAUUCCUAAUAAGUAUUUCAUUCAGCACAUCAGUACGCACUGUACACCUUCAUCGAGUUUGUGUCAAAAGGCUAGUCAGUUUUCUACAUAGAACAAAUCUAGAUGUCUUCAUUGCAGUCUGGAUUUCAGAGACUAAAAUGAAUGAAAAUAUCUUAGUAAACUAGUGACUAUUUCAUGUCGUGGGUGCCUGUCAACUGCAGCUUCAAAGAAAACGUGGAAAAAGUAUACAUACAGCAAGGUUACGACGGGUUGAUGAAAAAAGAAUUGAUCGGAAAUCAUCGGAAAUGGAACCAUCGUUUAAGGCGUAGCUGUGAUACUCCAAUCUUCCUGAUACUCUUCCUGAUAGUAGUGAUCCGUUUUGUGGGCUCAUACUAAACGUGUACAAAGUAAACCAUCUGCAGAUGUAGGUAUGUCGAUAUGUGAACAGCAAGUUUGCUUUUCGGUCUCGUCGGAAAAUCCAUAUGUCGUUGUUUUAUAUUGUACAGUUUGGUAUACUGUUGACAUAGCAUUUGUAUUAUAGCGUUAUUCAGUCGUACGGUAGCAGCCUUACCGUUCGUCAUCUGUUCGUGGUUGAGAUGAAUUUACUCUCAGCCAGCAUCUAACGUGAAAAUAAAGCUGUACCACUGC